AUGGAAAGAGAUUACUCUUCAAAAAGGCUUCUCAUUUCCUAUCUCUCAUCGGUGUAUCAAUGCAACAACAAGUAUUUAAAUUCAGCAUUAAUAUCUCAAUCCAAAGUUCCUGAUGACGUGUUAUUAGCCAUGAGAAAGGCUUGCGAGCUUUCAGAACUAUUUAAUGUACAUGAAUUUUAUGAACAAGACAUGGAACGAGGUGAACAUUUGAAAAGUAAGCGAGAUGCAGAGGAAACCCAAAGUAUCAUUUCCAAGAUGGCAUUAUCGAGCUCUGUAAGAACAGUUGAAGAUAACAUGACAAGUAUGAUGGAGACAUCUCCAAAAAGUGCCUCUUGCUUACCAUCACCUGAGGAAGUACAUAAUGUUCUUGUGGCAGCAAUUCCAGCAUCGAAUUGCCAAAAACCUUCGCCAUUAUUAUUUAAACAAAUUCAUGCAAAGAUUUUAGGUUGUUUUCGAACGGAUUGGGAAACUAUUCGGAAAUUCAAAAGAUUUUCAGAAGCAUUCAAAGAAUGGCACAAGAAAGAUUCCAUGUAUACUGUGUUUGCCAAAGAGUUUGCCAUAAUGAAAAAAAUUAAGGAAUUAUCUCCAUCAUCCAUUACAUCUAAGGAUGACAGCACCGAAGAUGACAACUCACUUGAAGGUAUUGGAUUUCAUACACUCAAAUUCGAUAAGAGAAUUUCAAAAAGGAAGAAUAAGAAUAGAUUGUCCACACUCAUGCAAACGUUCUAUGAAGAAGAAUAUGACUCAUUAAUUGAUUGCCUUUUUCAAAAACAGAAUUCAGAACAAUGCAUUCAACCGUGGCAAGAAUUGUUUAUUCCUGUUUCAGCAGUCUAUUGCACGGAUCAUAUGGAAUCAUGCUUGAAUAUCAAUUUACUGGAUGCAUCCGGUAGUAAUGCUUAUCAGAAUAACACUAAAACUGAUGCCCUAAGUUUUAUUGACUGUGCAACGCUAAUGAAUGAAUGCAAUGCAUUUAUGGAACAAGUGUUUAUGGAAAAAACCUUUAAACAUUAA